CCCACGCCACCGGAGAAGCAGAAAACAAGGAGCCCGAUGACCGAGGGUGUGUGGAUGACAUUUUCUCCAAUUUAAAAAAAAGCGAUUUCUUUAGCCCAGAGCGACGCAAGGAUUUAAGGAUUACUGGGGGGACAGUGCGUAAAGACGAGCAGGGAAUCAGACGAGUCGUCUGCGCCCCUUCUGCAUCCUCCCUCUCCAUCAUCUCUUCUUCUCUCCCUGCUCUGCGCCUUCUCGAGACUCCCGGCUCUCCCAUCCUGACUCUCCCUACUGACUGAUCAGACCGCGAGCUGCUCCCUCUUCUUCUUCUUUUGUCGGAGUUUGAACCACGUUUUCAAGCCUCUGGAAGUAGUCCCUGGACUCUGCAGCUUUCGUCUUCCCGAUACCAGCGGAUCGUCGAGGGGACCUCGCGCGGAGUCAAAAGGACUGGAAAUUAUUUAGCCCCUCUCACAUCAACGUGCCGCAUGGUGGGAAUUUCUGCCUCUUUUCAGUAUCGCACUGGGAAGCACUCCACCAUGCCCGACUCACCUGCGGACGUCAAGACACAGUCCAGGUUGACCCCCCCUACCAUGCCACCUCCACCCAGCACACAAGGAGCCCCCCGUAACAGCUCCUACACCCCCACCACAUUAACCAACGGCAGCAGCCAUUCUCCAACGGCGCUCAACGGCGCUCCCUCUCCCCCCAACGGUUACAGCAACGGUCCAAGCUCCUCCUCUUCAUCUUCCCUGGCCAAUCAGCAGCUGCCCCCGGCCUGUGGCGCCCGGCAGCUCAGCAAGCUGAAGCGCUUCCUCACGACUCUGCAGCAGUUUGGCAACGACAUCUCGCCUGAAAUCGGGGAGCGGGUCCGCACAUUAGUGCUGGGUCUGGUGAAUUCCACGCUAACCAUCGAAGAAUUUCACUCCAAGCUCCAAGAAGCUACCAACUUCCCCCUGCGACCGUUCGUCAUCCCCUUUCUCAAGGCCAACCUGCCGCUCCUUCAGAGAGAGCUGCUGCACUGUGCCCGUCUGGCCAAGCAGAACCCAGCUCAGUACCUGGCCCAACAUGAGCAGCUGCUCCUGGACACCAGCACCACAUCCCCCGUGGACUCCUCUGAACUCCUGCUGGAUGUCAACGAGAACGGCAAAAGAAGGACACCAGACAGGACCAAAGAGAACGGCUUCGAGCGAGAUGGUUCCCUGCACCCAGACGUUCACCCCAGCAAGCGGCCCUGUACCAUAAGCCCCGCCCAGCGGUUCAGCCCCUCCAACGGGCUCUCCUACCAACCUAAUGGCCUGCCCCACCCUGGCCCGCUCCCUCCGCAGCACUACAGGUUGGACGACAUGGCCAUUGCCCAUCACUACCGGGACACCUACAGACACCCCGCCUCCAACCACCGAGAGAUCCGGGAGAGAGCCAGGCCGAUUGGGAUGCAUGCAGGGACCAGGCAGGAGGAGGUGAUCGACCACAGGCUGACAGACAGAGAGUGGGCGGAGGAGUGGAAGCACCUUGACCAUGUAAGAAAACUGCUGAACUGCAUCAUGGAUAUGGUGGAGAAAACGAGGCGCUCACUGACAGUGCUGAGGCGGUGCCAGGAGGCCGACCGCGAGGAGCUCAACUACUGGAUCCGACGAUACAGUGAUGCCGAAGAGCUGAAGAAAGGCGCCGCUAGUGGGCAGUCAAGGCAGCAGAGCCAAGCAGCACAGGAAAACGCAACUCCAGAAGUUCACCGGGAGCUCCUGCACCGACCCGUGUCUGGUUACGUCCCUGAAGAGAUCUGGAAGAAAGCUGGUACGGGAGGCUUGACUUCCUCUGUCUCCACACUCUUUCCAGAAGAGGCGGUGAAUGAGGUGAAGCGACAGGCCAUGUCAGAGCUGCAGAAGGCCGUGUCAGAGGCUGAGCGUAAGGCUCAUGAGAUGAUCAGCACUGAGCGGGCCAAGAUGGAGCGUACGGUAGCGGAGGCCAAGCGGCAGGCAGCCGAGGACGCGCUGUCUAUAAUCAACCAACAGGAAGACUCCAGCGAGAGCUGCUGGAACUGCGGCCGCAAAGCCAGCGAGACCUGCAGCGGCUGUAACACAGCGCGCUACUGUGGCUCCUUUUGCCAGCACAAGGACUGGGAGAAGCACCACCACGUCUGCGGUCAGACCCUCCAGGCCCAGCAGCAGCAAGCCAGCCAGCAGCAGGGAGGGGUCCCCGGGUCGGAAACCCCCGCCCCCAUCAGCUCCUCCGCCUGCACCCCGAGCAGCGGGACCGGGAGUCCGGCUGCAACCCCGCCCGCUGCUACCCCUCGCUCCUCCACCCCGAGCACCCCGUCCUCCUCUGCCCUGGAUGGCUCGACGCGCUAAGAGACUCACACACCGGGAGGAGAGUAAUGUCUCCAGGGCUUAAGAACCGGCCCCCUACCCCAUAAACAGCAUGACUGUCUACAUUGCCUUGCAAAGAUGCUAAGCUAACGUGGUUAACAGGAGGAGACGGCAAUGCUUGUGUCUAUCUUGCAGCGUAGUCAUAAACAGAGGAGGAGGAGGUCCAUAAUCAGGUCAUAUUGACUUGCCAUAACUUUAAAGAAACGCAAAGAUAUUCUUUGUUUUGAAUGAAUGAAUUUAAAUAUUGACAUCCUUUUAUUGCUACACUUGCUAUUCUUGUUGUCUGUUUGUUCUUGUGCCUGUUGUUGUUAUUGUUGUUGUCAUUGUAGCUUAUCUUAUUUUUCACUGUAAAUAUUAAGAGACCGAGCAAAGACGAGUAUCUGACCUCCCCCUUUUUUUUGUUACGUCUUUUUAUUUUCCAUCCUUGAAUUGAUGCUUAUUUCCUUCCUGUACCUGAGACAUGAGAGCAGCCAACCUCAAUUUACUAAACAGCAUACCAAGGGAGCAAAUCCAGCUAGUGAAGUCAUCAAUACUCCAAGGAAAGAGCAUAAAAGACACACCAACUGAUGGAUGGAUGGAUGGAUGAGUUUACUGCCUGGAUAGUGGACAGGGAUGGACUGAUUCUCUGGCCCACAGACCACCAUCAAAUGGGCAGAUGUGCAGCAGAUUGCAAGCAGAGCCAGCUGUUUCCCUCUCACUUGUAAUAAUAUCCAGGUCAGUGGGCUGGGAAAUACAAAUCUGUCUCCCUGAAGGAUACAAAAGGAAGGAUUCUUGGACGGGAUACAAAACUUUGCCCACUGCACAUGUAGAGAAUGUACUGACUACAAGUCACACGUGAAUAUUCGGCGGAUCUGAAGAAGCUCUCCGACGUCAUCAUCCAUCGGUGAGACUGUUGAAUUCAACGUGACAGCAGUUCUGAGCCCGAAACGGAACAUUUUCAUUCCUCUUCAUGUCCUUAUUCUUUUCUGUAGAUGUCAUGGUGUUAAAGACUUCUGUCCUGUGGUGUCACCGAUGGUUAUUUAUUGUAUAUGUGUUGGACAGUUGUGACAAGGCAUAGUACUUUAACCCGUCACAACUCCCACGUCCAUCAUAACUCUUACUCCCUCUCUCUCUCUCUUUAAAAAGAGAUAAAAAAAGAAGUGUUAUCUUUUCUCCAAGCUGCUUUUCUAUUCUGUGUUAGUGGUAGAUCCCUCGUAGAUCUUUCAGUUUGACUUCCCUUCGUCCUCAAGAAAAAGACACAAGCUAUAUCUCAGAGCUGCUACUUCGAGUCCGACACAGAUCUUUUCUGAGAACUAGCAUGUUGCGCGGAAUGCUAACCCUAAAUGUUUUGUACAAGGAACAUACAUAAAUGUAUCUGCACUGUCACAGGUUAUUUCAGCAUGCUUUAUUUUUCUGCAUACUUGUGUUGUCAGUAUAGAGCCAUAAUUCAUCAACCAUCUUGGUAGUGAGGUUUUUUUUUUUUGCAUUCUGGAGAAAUGUAAAGUCAGCUAUUUUUGUUCUCUACAUGCUAACGAAAGCAGCCAUAAUUUUUUUUUAAUAGUUACAGACAGUGCAUGCACAUUACUGAACGUUUGUUACAUAUUUGUUAUUUUUUAAGAAAAACUAAAAAGCCAAAAAAAGGGAAAAAAUUACAAAAAUAUUCUAACAAACUAACUUUCCAAAUGCAGAGGUGUAGACUCCAAUUGACAGCUUUAACACUGCAAAGCACCAGGUAACACACAGUAUUAACACAAGAUAAAAAAAAAUACACCAAAAACAGCCAAAGACCGACAUCAAGGACCAAAACCCUGAUUUAAAACUACUUUCAAAAGAGGUUUGUUCACAUUCUUUCUUGUUUAUUUUAUGUGUUUCUGCUAGUUUGCUUCAAAUAUGUUGAAGUCCAGCGUGAAAUCUGAUUCCUAGGAGAUCAACGCAGCAUUCAUCUUACUUUGUGAAAUGAGAAGGUGUGAUAAAAACAUAAUCACCAUUUUAAUGAAGUGUUACGUUUUAACUGGAGCAAUAAUAUUGUGACAUUAACUCUGAGGACUUCUGUUUUUUUUUUGAAGACAAUUUUUACCAUAUUUUUGCGUGGACGUUUUCUCAUUCCACAACGUUCAGAUUUAGUGCCCGAUUCAGCUUUAAGCAGUUUAGUUUCCAUUCUUAAAGAACAUGGUUGCUAUUUGCAUCGGUGUAGUCAUAUUUCUUUUCAGCUCUGUUGUGAAUCUUAAUGAAACUCAAACAAACCUCCCAUUCGCAGUACGAGAGCACUUACCCUGACGCACACUAAGGCUCUUCACCCCAAACACCUUGGUGCUACACAGAAGCGCGUUACAAAUUCUGACCUCAAGGAUCAAGUGGAAGCCCGUCAAGGUUGUGGGCUGUUUGCUCCCUCUGUACUUCCUCAUCUCUCCCUCCUCAUCUAGAUGAAAGAAAAUCACAUUCUUGACUCCAAACGAUCCAAAAAGGUGUCUGACACCCGACUCCUCACAAGCUGUGAAGACACAGCCAAGCAGAUUUAACACCAGUAUAUUUAAGAGUAUACAACAAUUACAUGUGUGUUCAUCAUUUUCAGGGCAAAACCUGGAUUUAAACUAAGACUAGCAUUAUCACUCAAUCCACCUUACUCACACUGAGGCCAUUUUCCCUCCCACAUCUCAGUUAAAUGUUUAAGAGCUGAGUAUAACAGGAAAUCUGACUCAUUGUUUUGCUUAACUCUUUUAACAUAGGCAGUGGAAAUCUUAGGGGCCAUAACUGAAAGGUUAAAUGAGAUUUAUAGGUGCGAAGUGUAAUAAAGCGGUUCCCUUUUUUUCCUAAGAACCCCCUACUCAUAUCUAAGACCCCAAAAUCCCAACAUAAUCAGCCUACUUACUUAAUUGGUUCUUGCCAAAAGAUCUACAGUAUAUAUAGAUCUUAAUGAGCCAUUUUUACAAGAACAUGUUAGGACCCCUCUAAAAAAUAAAAAAUAAAGUGGAUGUGUUAAUUUUUUAAAGAUUUGAGUUAAAAAACAAAGUUUAAAGUUUUCAAUUUUUACACUUUGAAAACCAUUAAUAAAUGUGAAAAAAAUUUUGAGAUCAUAAUUUUGAAAACAGCCGAUUAUGUACCAGAUGAAGCUGCUUCCAAGUCUUUGCAGCUGAGAGCCUGAUUAAAUAGUAAUUUUAACUGGGGCUGAUAAAUUAGGGAGUAGCUGUGGUUUUAUCCCAGAAUCAUCACAUUAUCAUUUAAAGAGACAUUUCUGUAAUAUUGGGUUAUCCAGUCACUGUUUUCAUUUUGGAUCCCUGUAACUUGGUGACUUAAUAAUGUUGUAAAUGUAUGGCUUUUUAAAACUCAGAAAUUCUGAGUUUGGUUUCUUGUAAAUAUACAACUUUAUAACGUCUUAAUUUUCAAGUUUCUCUCAAAAAAUAUAUCCACCUUAUUUUUGUAAUCUUUUAUUCAUCCAUCCAUUUUCUAUACCGCUUAUAACGGCUGGACCCUAUCCCAGCAGUCAUGGGGCGAGAGGCGGGGCACACCCUGGACUGGUCGCCAGUCAGUUGCAGGACUGUAAUCUUUUUAGGUGGCACUAAUUUGCUGUCAUACAUGAGGUUUCUAAGUAUGAUUGAGAAAUAUAUAUGAACAUGCAGCCUACAACAGAAACUCCUGAAGUUCCUAGUGAGGUCAGACGUGUUGUUCUCAUAAAGAGUAUGCACUGACUUCACUUUGAGCAUGCGACAUGACUGCUCAGUCAGACUGAGUGGCAAAACAUUCUGAAACACUGCUGUCUGUUCAGGGGGUGAAAAUGACACAGCAGACUGUUGACAUUGAUAUGUGUUCAUAAAAUGAGUUUCCUGACAAUAUAUGGGCCAGAUUUUAUAAACAUGAAGCAGAGCCUGAGCCUCUGUUACCAACCAGCUCUUAUCUAAUGCUAAUAGGCUAACAUUCCAAUUGGCAAGGAAGAAAAGGCCUUCCUGUCUUUGCCUGUAAAUCUGCAAAAUAGUAGUAGCUAGGAAGUAGCUGAAUACUGACACCAGCUGUUGUGUAACAGCACCUAAAGAUCAGGCUCUUUAAUGUGGUUUCCCCUCUAUCAGCACUUAAGUUUCUCAUCCAGACUGAAAUGAAAACAAUGAGUCAGAUUGUCCGCCUUCAUCUGAUUAUAAAAACUGGAAUCAGCAGUAGGCUGAGGCAUUAAGAGAUAUUUUGAGCAUUUCACACUGCGUGUGGCAUCAUGGGAAAAUGGCUGCUGGGUGAAUAUGGUGAAUGACUCUUUGAGAAGCUAUAUUUUUUCGUUCUCCCCUCCUCUUCUAUGUGUGUUUUGCUACAAAUCCCUCGGUGGCAAACCAAGUCUCACUCUACCUCUUACAGCACGAUAAGAGCAUCAGUCGCGGCGCUGAUACUGGUCUAGUCUAAACCAAAUGGGCACAAGAGAACAGGAAAAUAAAAAACCCAAAGUUGAAGCUCAUACAGCUGCAAAACCAUAUCACUACUUGGUAACAAUGCAGACCUCAUAAAUAAAUGAAACAUAAAUGAAUAGAAAUGAGAAAAAAAAAACUUUCGUUAUGUUCCGUUAUGCCUGUAGCGUUUCUAGAGUACAUCAAGAGUUUGAAUUGUUUGAGCAGAUUUUUAAAAACUGUGCUAAUUUUAAAGAAAAGUGUUGUGGAUUCCUACUUCAAUGAUACAAGCUAAGGUCACAGAUAAGAAAUGUUGUUUCUCUCUUGCUCUUUUCCCUCUCUUGUUUCCCCCUUGCCUUUUUUUCCUUCUUCUUUUCUCUGUUGUAAAGACAUGCAGAAUUGCUUGUCUACUUGUCAGCCGGGUUGAAUUCAAAAAGACGGCGUUCACAAAAGGCAAAGCUAGUAGAAUCUAAAAAAUAAGGCUAUGAAUCUAGGCAUGCCUGUUUUUUACAAUAGCAAGAAAUGUUCUUUAAAUUUCCUUCUUAUCAAAGGCCGUAGCAUUAAUCUCUUGGGGGUGAACUUCUGGGGUGGGAGGGCUUCUUUUUUGUGUUCUCUUGAGAAAAUUUAUUGUGAAAAAAAAGAGCUCAAAUGAUUUGAAGUUGUUGUGCAAUACUUAAUUGAGACAUGUAAACCACAGGUUAGUGGUAGGCUGACACUGGGCGGUCUCUCCAUCGCCUAGGGUCAGUGUCCUCUAGAGAGCUUUCCAGUCUACUAUGUCAGAACUGUGGUUUCUUGUUGAUUUUUUCUUUUAUUUCUUUUAAUUAUUCUUUUUGGGCUGUAAACUAUGGUCUGUCAGUCUGUGAAACUUUGCAGUAUAAUUCUGGUAUUGUUGUUCUCUUA